AGUCCUCCUAAUAAUAAAAGGCUCAUAAUAAUUCUUUAGCUGCACAGUUCACAACCACUGCCCACAUGCUCUUCCAGCUCCCCCACCACUUUUUUAUAUUUCAAAAUCAAACCGAACCCCCUUAUUAUCUGUACCCUCUUGUGGGUUCCUUCUCCUGGUUUCACUGACAUUCCACACUUCUUUAGCACCCCUUUUUUCACUUUCUUGUUUAAAAAUUCAAUCUUUAAUGUUCUUGACUAAUCUUAAAUCUGAAUACUCCAACCCCUUGUUUUGUUUAUGCAUUUUUCUUGGUUUCCUCGUUUGAUCUCUGGCCUUCUUCUGCUCUUCAGUCAAAGAUUGACAUUGUGAUGCACAAUUGAAUCUUUUAGCUAAACAAUCAGAUGGAAAAGAGAAACUGGUUAUGGAAGAAGAAAUCUUCUGAGAAAAGUCCAGGAGAUACAGACAGUUCAGGAUCGAUUUCUUCACAUUCUGAGCGAUACUCAGGCGAACAGGAGACACUAAAGGAAUACUCAAAUCUUUUUUCUCAAUCACCAGAAGUCACCUCAAAAGUUACAGUUUCAAAUGGAGAAGUUAAUGAUGGUAUUAAGAUUCUAACAGAGAAACUAUCGGCUGCCCUUGUAAAUGUUGGUGCCAAAGAAGACUUGGUUAAGCAGCAUGCUAAAGUCGCUGAAGAAGCUAUUGCAGGCUGGGAGAAGGCAGAAAAUGAAGUGUCGAUCCUGAAACAGCAACUUGAGGCAGCAGUUCAGCAGAAUUUGGGUCUGGAAGUUAGAGUGAACCAUCUUGAUGGUGCUCUCAAAGAAUGUGUCAGGCAGCUAAGACAAGCAAAAGAAGAACAAGAGCAGAGAAUCCAUGAAGCUUUAACAGAAAAAUCUAAUGAAUGGGAAACCACAAGAUAUGAGCUUGAAAGCGAGCUUCUAGAGCUCCAAAACCAGGUCCAGGAAGUUAAAGAUAAUGGUCCUAUUUGUAUUGAUCCUGGUGUUCAGCACAAGCUGGAGUCGAUAGAGAAGGAAAAUGCAUUCCUCAAAUCUGAACUUGAAUCUCUGUCGGAGGAGUUGGAAAUUAGAACCAUUGAGAGGGACCUGAGCACACAAGCAGCGGAAAUGGCUAGCAAGCAGCAGUUAGAGAGCAUAAAGAAGGUUGCAAAGCUUGAGGCUGAGUGCCGGAGGCUGCAAGCUGGAGUACGGAAGUCAUUAAUGGUUAACGAGCAGAAGUCCCCAGCUGCGUCUUCCCUUUCUGUUGAAUCUCUGGCAGAUAGUCAAUCGGAUAAUGGUGAACGGAUUAAAACUCUGGAUGCUGAUGUGUACAGGACAAGUGGAAUAGAUACCAAUGCUGGUGAUAAAGGCUGCUCUGACUCAUGGGCAUCAGCCUUAAUUGCGGAGCUUGAUCACUUUAAGGCUGAAAAGACUUCAAAUAAAAAUCUAACAUCCUGUUCUCCUGACAUUGACAUUAUGGAUGAUUUUUUGGAAAUGGAGAGACUUGCUGCACUUCCCGAGCCUGAGAGUAAAACCUGUGAGGUUGAAUCAGAAUCUGUUUCCUGUCAAACAAAUGAUACGGAAAGCUCGUUGAGGGAUGAAGUAAAAACCACAUACCAACGUGUUGCUGAAUUGGAAAAUAACUUGCUGCAGAUUGAAGCUGAGAAAGAAUCUAUUGCUUGUCGAGCAAAUGAAACUGAGAACAUGUUGAGGGCUGAACUAGAUACCAUGACUCAACGUGUUGCUGUAUUGGAAGAUAAGCUGGAGAAGAUAGAAGCCGAGAAAUCUGAACUGGUGAAAUCCUUGAUUGCAAGUACUGAAUCUGUUGAUCUUUCUAAAGCACAGCUAAAAGAAACUGAGACCAGGCUAGAACAGUUGCAGAAGGAGCUUAAUGCGAUGAAUGAGUCAAAAGAGUUGCUUGAAUAUCAACUCGUUGGUAUGGAAGUGGAGAUACGUACUAUGUCUAAGGAGGUUGAUACCUUGCACUUAGACGUUAAAAAAGAGCAAAAUAUAUCAGCGGAAAUGGUACUCAAGUGUCGAGAUUUGGAGGACGAGCUAACUAGAAGAACCCAGGAAGUAGAGCUUCAUCAGGCAAAAAGUUCGGAUAGUGACGUGAAACUAAAUCAGGAGGACCUCGUUGUAGCGGCUGACAAACUUGCAGAGUGCCAAAAAACAAUAGCAUCUCUUGGGAGACAGCUAAAGUCUUUAGCAACAUUAGAAGACUUCUUGACUGACACACCAAAUGUACCUCGACUACGUAGAGGGGAAUCUUCGGUGCCUCCAGCAGUUGGAGCAGAGCCAUGGAAGCUGCACUCCAACGAAUCAUUUCUGCCAAAGCGUGACCCAAGUUCAGAACUAUCUGCAGAAACUCCGACUCCUCUAGUGAAUGGUUAUAAUAAAGAAUCACCAGUGUCUGCCUCAUCAUCAAGUUCCUCGGAUGCUUCACUAAAUCAUAUUAGUUCUGGUAAGAGCAAAAGUGGUUUUGGAAAAUUAUUUUCACGUAGUAAGAGCGGCGUACAACUUGGAAAUCAUCAAGGACUAAAUUGAGAGAAUAGAAUGUAGAAUUAAGGCAUGUGAUCGUAGCGAUGUGGGGGCAUUGUGCACUGAUUACGGUUUUUAUGACACCUAUUCAGGACUUGCUGAUUAAAUACUUCUUAGUCGGCUUAGUUUUAGUUUGUAAAUUGGUGGGAAUGAAGCCUCUGUUAUACAAGACUGUCUUAAUUGUUUUCAAGAAAUUUGAUAUUUUAGCUUAUUGUUAGUGGCUU